CACGGUCUCGGAUAUCAUGUCGCGCAUGCGCAUACCGCCAGCGGGCGGCCGUUUCCUUCCGUGCUUCCGCAUUCAGUGUUACCUCGGUCCGGAGUUGGGGCAAAGUUUUCGCCCGUCGAGAGAGGCUCUCGGCUCCUCCUUUUGAACGUCGAGCCAGAGCUACGGAUUUUUAAGGACAGCGCAGCCCAGACCAUCUCCACUCACCAGUGUUUCCAGUGGCAGGAGAAUCACCAGCAGAUGGAGGCUUCCUGCACCGGGAUAAAAGUGUAAUCAAGAAGACGACAAUCAGUAAUCAUCAGUCAGAAUCAGAAUGGACACAGGUGGGUCUCAGCAUUUUACCAUCGAGGUACAGCACAAGAAAAUAUCUGCAACUGUCGGGGGAGAUGCAUUGUUUUCAGUGCAGCCGUUGGGGAAGGUCUCCAGUGGAAGCUGGACCUUUAACGAGAAAACAGUCUGUCAGUGGAUCGAUGAACUCGUGUCUAUUGAUAACUCCUAUACAUCGCGAGCUGAGCUACUCACCUCCACCGGGUCGCUACUGCUGAAGUCGGUGAAGAAGUCAGACAGUGGGGAAUACCACGUGAACAUGGUUCCAACCCGUGGCCCACAAACCUUAGUGACCAUCACUCUCGAAGUCACUGAAAAAAUCGUACCACCUCCAAGUGGUUUGUCACGUGGAGUGAUGGCCGGGAUUGUGAUUGGAGUUGCUGCUGGAGUGGCACUGGCGAGUGGAUUCGUUUCCUGGCUCAUCAAGACAAUGACAAGCAGAUAGCCACGAAACAAAGAACGCAAUUGAAAAUCGUUCAGAAACAUCAGACUCCUCUCCAUUCGUAAAAAUGAAUGGCAUCCGGAUCAUCAACCCCCAUAACCCACCUCUGCUUGAACAAAACAGGUCAAGAACAUCGAACCCAACACACACCCCCACCCCUCAGAAACACUGCCGACACAAAUGCGCAGGAGCUGGUGUUGCCAGUGUAGAGGAGGAUGCAUCGAGAGCACUAGACAUGGUAGACCACCCCAAAAGAUUUGGCGGUCAAUUGUUGCCUCAUCUGCAAGGACUUUUUCAACAAUGGGGAGGGUUCUGCCAUCCGGCCCUUUCACUGUGACAACGCCGAACUCAAUAUCAACUAUAUCCGAACCACUCUGGGUGAACAUUAAUGUCCAACAAACUCAAUUCCUCUCAACCAUCAGCUGUCUGAAUGAUUCACUGAUUUUAAAGGGAAGGGACAUCUAUGGUCUAUAAUUUCAGUGUUAGUUUACCAGGAAACAAAGACUAUAUGGACUACGACCUUUCUGUUGACUAAUAUGUCUCAGCUCUCACUGUGAAACUCUGCUCUCCCUUAUUAGAGAGAGCGAGAGCCUGUGGUGUGCAGAACUGUUGCAUGAAUGAGUAGUAUCGAGGAUACUGCAAGACUGUGUCUUUACUGAUGCUUUGCUGCAUGCUCGGUGGAGGGGACUGAUGCUUUUUUAGUCGCUGAAGGUGGGGGUGUGUUUUCUUUGCUGCUGCUUGUGCGUUGGAGUUAGGUAUCUGGGGUCUUUGGUGUUCCAAUGUUUUGACUGACAUCCAUUCUUUGGGACGCAUCUCUGCUUACGUGGAUGUCUGCAAAUAAAAAGAAUUUCAU